UACAUAUUAUUGAACGGCUAGCAACCAGAAAGGCGUAUCACACGUAAGUGAGAAAUAUGAAGAAAAUAAAAGGAGAAAUAAGUACCUAACAGAAGAAUCAAAGUCAUAGUCGCAUAGUAGCUGGAAUAGAAAAAGGAACAACUUCCCCAAAUUAUACACUGAUUUUGAUUUCAAUUUUUCUUCGUCAGUUUCUUUGAGAGGACGAAAAGCUUGGACGUUACAAACUUGCACAGAGUAAUCGGUCACAAGCACGUAUAAAACGAAACAAAAAAAAACAUUAUCAUCAAAAUUUUGAUUUUUUUUUUUCUAUGUUCUCCACUGUGGGAUACGCCUUUCCGGUUGCUUAUAGUCGUCGAUGCAGUUUGAAGUUGAAAAGUAAAUUUUGGAAAUAGAUCGGAAUUAGAUCUCUCGAAAUGAAAAAGCUUUUUCCAAAUGAAUUUCUCAACGCAAUUAACGAAUAAUCAAUUUUUGUUACUCCGAUAACCGAGCGAGGACGUAAGCCUUUAAGAAACUAAUUCUACGAUCUGGACUGUUCAGGGGAAACUUACGGGGAGAUUUUAGGGGGGAUAGAUGACGAGCUUCGCAGACCUCGAAUGGAGUGGGGUUCCCAAGUGUCCGGUGUCCCUUUCGAUACGUUUUCAUCUUCCAUCCAGUCGAAUUUAAGACAAGACUCCGAGUGUCACCAUGGUGCGGAUGCCUGGGACACCCUUGCGGGUCAUUUUUACCCUGAUUUUAGUCUUCGGAUUGACGGCAGCGCAUGCAAAAUAUUACGGUAAGAAGAGAUUUGAUAGAUCUGUAAAUCAUGAAGGAGGAUCGAUCGUCGAAAACGGAUCUGCGGACCAACAAAUAGUGCAAUCGGCUUCUUUGAGUGACUACGAUACGGUAAGACGAUCCGAAUCGAUCCCCACAUCAAAUCAAUUAAUUGGCUAUGAUUUAUGUCAAUUGCAGCGUUUCAUCGCUUAUAAAGAUGCGGGAUUGAACGUAUGCUAUUUGGAACGAAUGCGGGACGAUUCUUCUUCGGAUGUAGUUCCGAAUAAUCCGUGGCAUAAAAUGCCUCGAGCAUCUCGGGGGCAAAGGACCCUUUACGUCUCGGACCAAUUGUUGAAUAAAUUAGAAGCUUGGGGUUUGGCGGGUGGCCGGAUCGUACGGUUUUGCAAGGGGAGAUCCAUGGUGCUGCUUCAAGAAGCGCAACCCAUUCCAGGACUGGUGAAAGAGCCAGUUUUCGAUCAAAUAAAAGCAAACGAGAACGAUUUAGUGAGCCAUAGUCCUAAUGUUGUUCUUUUCCAACCCUCGCUUGCUCGGGUCAAGCGAGAAAUCGACAUGGAAAGCAACGAGGCAAUCAAUACAGAAUCACACGAGAGAAAUCGUCGGCAAGUUCCUUUCCGGGGAAGGUUUCGAGGACAAACUCAAUCGCAAUACUUGAAUUUCGGAAGUGAUUCGAAAGAAGGUAGAGCAGAAGCCAGGGUGACGCACGACUCGUCUCAUGCGGUUGUCAGUGGUAGCAACGGAAUGGGACAAGCACAAGGCAUGUCUCUAGGUGGUUCGGAUUGCGAAGAAUGUCCUGGAUAUCCUACAGGUAAUCAUGAGGAAGUAGGUCGCCUGGUGGGUCCAGGAGGAUCCGGGAAAUUGGGUCUUGGAGGAUUUCCAGGAGGAACAUUUCCGGGUGGAACAUACCCAGGUGAAGGACAACCAGGAGGAAGACAACCAGUAGGAAAACCAGGAGGGGCACUUCCGGGUGGAACAUAUCCGGGUGGAUCGCAACUAAGACAACCAGGAGGAGCUUAUCCUAACGGAAAUUACCCAGGUGAAAGACAACCAGGAGGGGGACCAACAGUAGGAAAACCGGGUGAAGGACUUCCGGGAGGAACAUACCCAGGUGCAGGGUAUCCAAGAGGACCACCGGGAGGCGCAAUUCUAGAUGGAACAUAUCCAGGUGGAGGGCAACCAAAUGGACCAGGAGGUGCAUAUCCAGGUGGUACAUACCCAGGUGGCGCACAACCAGGAGGUGCAUAUCCAGGUGCAGGGCAUCCAAGAGGACCACCGGGAGGCGCAAUUCUAGAUGGAACAUACCCAGGUGGAGGGCAACCAAAUGGACCAGGAGGUGCAUAUCCAGGUGGUGCAUACCCAGGUGGCGCACAACCAGGAGGUGCAUAUCCUGGUGGUACAUAUCCAGGUGGCGCGCAACCAGGAGGUGCAUAUCCAGGUGGCGCACAACCAGGAGGUGCAUAUCCUGGUGGUAAAUAUCCAGGUGAAGGACAACCAGGAGGUGCAUAUCCAGGUGGUAAAUAUCCAGGUGAAGGACAACCAGGAGGUGCAUAUCCAGGUGGUACAUACCCAGGUGGCGCACAACCAGGAGGUGCAUAUCCUGGUGGUAAAUAUCCAGGUGGCGCGCAACUAGGAGGUGCAUAUCCUGGUGGUAAAUAUCCAGGUGAAGAACAACCAGGAGGUGCAUAUCCAGGUGGUACAUACCCAGGUGGCGCACAACCAGGAGGUGCAUAUCCUGGUGGUAAAUAUCCAGGUGGCGCGCAACCAGGAGGUGCAUAUCCUGGUGGUAAAUAUCCAGGUGAAGGACAACCAGGAGGUGCAUAUCCAGGUGGUAAAUACCCAGGUGAAGGACAACCAGGAGGGGUGUAUCCCGGUGGUAAAUACCCAGGUGAAGGACAACCAGGAGGUGCAUAUCCCGGUGGCGCACAACCAGGAGGUGCAUAUCCGGGUGGUAAAUAUCCUGGUGAAGGACAACCAGGAGGUGCAUAUCCCGGUGGUAGAUAUCCAGGUGGAGGACAACCAGGAGGUGCAUAUCCGGGUGGGAAAUAUCCAGGUGACGCACAACCAGGAGGUGCAUAUCCAGGUGGUAAAUAUCCAGGGGACGCGAAACCAGGAAGUGCAUUUCCGGGUGGUAGAUACCCAAGUGAAGGACAACCAGGAGGUGCAUAUCCCGGUGGUAGAUACCCAGGUGAAGGACAACCAGGAGGUGCAUAUCCCGGUGGUAGAUAUCCAGGUGGAGGACAACCAGGAGGUGCAUAUCCGGGUGGUAAAUAUCCAGGUGAAGGACAACCAGGAGGUGCAUAUCCGGGUGAUAAAUAUCCAGGUGGCGCGCAACCAGGAGGUGCAUAUCCAGGUGAAGGACAACCAGGAGGUGCAUAUCCCGGCGGUAGAUACCCAAGUGAAGGACAACCAGGAGGUGCAUAUCCCGGUGGUAGAUACCCGGGUGAAGGACAACCAGGAGGGAGACAGCCAGUAGGACCAGGGGGUGCAUAUCCGGGUGGUGGAUACCCAGGUGAAGGACAACCAGGAGGAGCAUAUCCGGGUGGCGCACAACCAGGAGGUGCAUAUCCUGGUGGUAGAUAUCCAGGUGGAGGACAACCAGGAGGUGCAUAUCCGGGUGGGAAAUAUCCAGGUGACGCACAACCAGGAGGUGCAUAUCCAGGUGGUAAAUAUCCUGGUGAAGGACAACCAGGAGGUGCAUAUCCGGGUGGUAGAUACCCAGGCGAAGGACAACCAGGAGGUGCGUAUCCUGGUGGUAGAUACCCCGGUGGCGCACAACCAGGAGGUGCAUAUCCGGGUGGUAGAUACCCAGGUGAGGGACAACCAGGAGGUGCAUAUCCCGGUGGUAAAUAUCCGGGUGGUGCACAAACAGGAGGAGCAUAUCCCGGUGGUAAAUAUCCAGGUGAAGGACAAUCAGGAGGUGCAUAUCCCGGUGGUAGAUACCCAGGUGAAGGACAACCAGGAGGUGCAUAUCCCGGUGGUAGAUACCCAGGUGGAGGAAAACCAGGAGGUUUAUACCCAGGUGAAGGACAAACAGGAGGUGCAUAUCCCGGUGGUAAAUAUCCAGGUGAAGGACAACCAGGAGGUGCAUAUCCCGGUGGUAAAUAUCCAGGUGAAGGACAACCAGGAGGUGCAUAUCCGGGUGGGAAAUAUCCAGGUGAAGGACAACCAGGAGGUGCAUAUCCGGGUGGUAGAUACCCAGGUGAAGGACAAUCAGGAGGUGCAUAUCCCGGUGGUAGACACCCAGGUGAAGGACAACCAGGAGGUGCAUAUCCUGGUGGUAGGUACCCAGGUGAAGGCCAACCAGGAGGUGCAUAUCCCGGUGGUAGAUACCCAGGUGAGGGACAACCAGGAGGUGCAUAUCCCGGUGGUAAAUAUCCAGGUGGAGGACAACCAGGAGGUUUAUACCCAGGUGAAGGACAAGCAGGAGGAGCAUAUCCUGGUGGUAAAUAUCCAGGUGAAGGACAACCAGGAGGUGCAUAUCCGGGUGGUAGAUACCCAGGCGAUGGACAACCAGGAGGUGCAUAUCCGGGUGGUAGAUACCCAGGUGAAGGACAAUUAGGAGUAGGGUACCCAGGAGGACAAGCUGGAGGAAGAUAUCCCGGGGGAACGUACCCAGGUGCCGGUGAUGGGAUACUCGGGAACUACUAUGAUCCUUCUAGAAAACCGGGUGGAUCAGGACCAAGUACUGGAGGAGAAGGAGCAACUGGCGGGCAUGUCGGAGGCUUGGGAGUUGGAACAAAUGGUGGCCCUGAUGAAAAUGCGGAUUCUCAAGCCUCUAGUUCGGUUCAAAAAAUACAUACCGGAACUAUGGCUAGCGCCUCAGCUCAAGGCAAAUAUGGACAGGGCACAGCACAAUCGCAAGUUUCAGGAACUUACAGCGGUUCAGGAUCUUUCUCAGCUCAGGCAGGCACUAACGAUGGCUACAAAGGUGCUCAGACUCAAGUGAGUGGUGGUAAACAAGGAGCGACAAGUAGCGCGGAAGGUUCAGGAGGUCUUGGAAAAAGUCAAGCUCAAGUUCAACUGCACUCAGAUACAGGUGCAACAUCAUCUGGGGCACAGAGUAGCGGAUGGAAUCAUGGAACAAAUUCUCAAGUCCAAACCGGCUCCAAGGGUGGCAUGGCAGAUGCCCAAGCCAAUGGUGAGGGUAGUACUUCGAGCCAAGCACAAAUAGGCUUCCAACCUUACCAGAAGGAAAAUGAUAAUCUGCAAAGUAAUAGUAGCACAUUGUUUUUGGGUGGGGGUACAGCCUCAGCACAAAGCGGGACUUACAGAGGUCAGUCACAAUCGCAGUUACAUGGCACUUUCAAAUACGGUCUAUCUUACACUGGAGCUGCUCAAGCAGGUUCAGGUUCAGGUGCUGCUGCUUCUAGGAAGCCUUUCAAUUUUACAACUAGCAAUUCAGAAUUAUUCAAACCCCUUGAACAAUUCACACCUGUCGAGAUUUCAGCUCAGGAAGACCCACAUGAACAAGCUGAUCAAGUGACAGUCAGUCCACUUCUUCGUGCAGUGACUGGAAUAACACCCACUCUUGAAGCGACUGACGAGGAUAGUUACGGAUUACAAUCCUCAAGCUCUCAUCGGUCAGCUGUUAUGGCAGUCUCUGGCGACGAACAACAAUCAAGUGAUUUUUAUAGCAGCUCUGGAACAACACACAGUCCAGCUUCAUCUCCAAAACCUGAUUACAAUUAUGACACUGACGGUACCAAUAACGACGAUUACGAUGUUUACGAUGAUGACAAUGGCGACUAUGACUCUACACCACCAAAUUCUUUGCCGGGUCAACCUGGAGAAAUCUCUUACAACAAUGACGGUUAUACCGUGAGUAGUAGACAGCAGAAUCAACAGCAACAAACCCAUAUAUCGAAUAGCGAAUAUGGGGCACAUGUUGUGCAAGAUUCCACCUCUCAACUUCGGGAGGGAGAUGUGCUACAACCUGGACAAUCCCUACCAGGAUAUACAAUACCACCAGGAUUUCGUGGCAAGGUGUUAUCCGUUUCAGGAGAUAAUACAGCAGCUGAAGGUGAUGGCGAUUCACAGUCGCAGACAAUCACACUAACUCCAAUGAAUGAGACUGUAACUGCCGGAAACCGAGCCAAAGAAUCUGCAGCUGUCCACACGAGAGCACUGCAAACAUCACAGAAUCGUGGCAGAUAUAAUAACAGUAGAUACAUCCAGCCAAUUCCGCACACUUACUUACGCAAUAGUCAUCCCGCCCCAUCCAACAAGCCAAACUAUUAUACAGUUACUAACAGCGUUGCGGGUCGAUUGGAUGGUAACAGAAAUUCUGCGGUUCCACGAAAGUACGAACACAGAUACUACACAAAAAGCUCCACAUGUGGAUACUUCACUUUUUCGUGCAACAUUGUGUAUGGCUCUAACGGUAGGACGAAAAUCUGCAAGCCUAAAAUGCCUACAAACCCGGAUGGAACGCCAAUGAAAUGCUGAUACUAUAAAGAAGUUGUAGGAAUAAUUAUUUUUAAAAGACAUGUGGUUAUUUCAUCUUCUUUAUACUUAUAUUGAUGUUGUAUUUGUAUUCACUGCCUUUAUAAGUAACGCGAGUAUUUAUAACAUAGAUUACUUUGUCAAUAAAAUUUGUCAGAAAUUA